CCCACUCCGGACUAGCAGUGAGCGCACGCAUUUGCAGCAGAGCUGCGGGGUAUAUGAGAGCGAGGGAUCAGCGGCCGCUCUCACACUCCCAGCGCCGGAUCGGUCGCACUGGUGGCGCUCUCGCGUCACGCGCCUCCUCAUCACUUUCCCACCUCCCCAUCCGCUCCCCUCCUUCCACCUCUGGGGCUGAGCAUUGAGUAAGGAACAAGAUGUCAAAUAGGGCUACACAUUGGUGUUAUGCCUGCCAGCGGCCAAUUCGUCUUCGUGGACAGGAUAUAAUCUGCCCCAACUGCAACGAUGGUUUUAUCCAGGAAAUCAGUGAGGUAGGUGGCAUGUUGAACACUUAUGGGCUAUUUGAUCCAGACUUUGAAGAGCGUAGAGGUAGAAGAUUCAGAAUGAUGGAAGCCAUGUCUUCCCUUAUGCGUGAAAGAAUGGCAGAAAUGGGCAGAGAUCGCGUGUUUGAUAUCCAUGGCAGGCAAGGGACAAGCACUCAACAUGGAAGGCAGCCAACUGUUGGUCCUACGCUGAUAUUUGGCAGCAACGUGCCUGAUCAUCCAAGGGAGAGUAGUAAUGUGGAUGUCAUUUUUAGGGGAGGCCGCAGAGCUGGCAUUGAUCGUCCAAAUUUCAGUAGUUUCCUUCUCGGUCCCAGUCUUGAAGCUCUAUUUGAGCAGCUACUCAUCCAGAAUAACCGUCAAGGCCCAGCUCCUGCUCCGCAGUCAGCAAUGGACUCCAUGCCUGUGGUGAAGAUAAGUCGCAGGCAUCUUAAUGAUGAUCCACAAUGUCCAGUUUGCAAAGACAAGUUUGAGGUUGGAUCAGAGGCAAGGGAGAUGCCAUGCAAGCACUUGUACCAUACUGACUGCAUCAUUCCCUGGCUUGUUCAGCACAAUUCUUGCCCCGUUUGCCGCCAUCCUCUGCCAUCACAGCAAUCAGGCAAUAGCACCCACGUACCUUCAGCUUACUACAAUGAAGCCGCUGAUCCUGGUGUCACCAGAGCAGAUCCUGAGCCUGUCCCAAGAAUCAAUGACGGUGGAAGUCAGGAAAGGCACAGCUCCUUCUCGCUUCUCUGGCCAUUUGGCCCUUCGAGUUCCAACUCCAGUUCUUACCAGUAUGAAGGAAAUGUUGGUGAGCGUGAGCCUGCAGUAUACGAGGAUCCCAGCCAGAUAACGUAUUCUGAGUGGCACUAUGACCAUUGACUGAGCCCCCGUGCUCCAAGUCCAAGCUAUCACCACAAUUCUUGCCUCGAACCUUCAGCGUUGGUGUGGCAUUCAUAAGUUCCAUGUGGAUGUGGUACAUCUGAUGGUUGCUUACCGUGUAAAAACCGGAUGCCUCUUGCCUGUAGUCUUGUGUUCAGUGUUUGCCUUGCUUAACAUGCCCAUUGUUGAGCUGAGCUGUGUAUAAGGACCACUGGGCGCAAUGAACUCUGUUGUAAACUUGUAAUGCCCGUAUGUUCCUGUUCGUUAUAGUAAGUCGCUAUACAUGAGAUACUUGUUUGGUGGUC